GUUCAGUUCGUCUUUCGUUCACUUCAGCGCGACGUCGCGGCUGGCUAUGUCUACUAGUUCUCGUUCCUCGCUCGUCGUCGUCGUUCCCUCCCUCGCGCCGCUUCGCUCCCGCCCUCCUCUCCUCCGUCCCAGGGUUUCGGGUUUAGGGUCGCACCACGUCUUCCCCCCCGCGGGAGGAGGCCUCGGCGCGCGGCACCGAUAACACUCGCUCCGACGCUCGAAAUUAUUCCCGCACCCGUGCGGGCACCGCCAGUCGCCUCUCCGCGACGUCGCACGAAACCCGCCCGGACCGAGCAGCCGGUCCUGCACGUGUUUGUGAUGCUCGCACCCCGGGUGCGCGCCGUAGCACCCGGCCUUGUCG